UGCUGAUUAUGGACGAAGAAAAAGAAAUGCCUUUAGAAUACAGGUUGAAAAAGUUAUUGGGAUAAUCAAAGAUGAGAUAAAAUCUACAGAUUUAGCCACUCUAGAAGAUGAAUAUUUCACAAAGAAAGCAAAAAGGGAUGAAAAUGAUUCAGAGACCAGCUUGGAUACUUCUGAUACCGAUAGUGAACAUCCUAAUUCAAAUCACAUGAAUACCUCUUUGAUAACCUUAUAUCGGAAAGGAAAUCCAGAUUCUUUACCUUCAUCUCCUAAAAAUGAUUUAAUUAUGUCUACCAGUACUUCACAAACAGUACCUAGAUCAGGUACUGUUUCUUCUCAAGCUCCAUCAGUGACCAAAAUUUCAGAAGGUGGAUGGUUUAUUGAUAAGACCCCAGGCCCAAAGGAGGAAAACUUUUUUAUUGAUCUUUGUGCAGAAGAAGACUGUGAUAACAUUAAGCAGAAAGCUGAGAUGGCAUUUAAUACAAUGGCCAAUGAAAAUGAGUAUAUAGAAGACAGAUUAGGGAAAAGAGAAGUAAAGGCAAAAGGAAGAUGUAUUUUGGAAUUAGAGAUAAAGAAAAUGGACUAUGUGGAAACAAAACAAAGGAAAAGUGAGAAUAGCUGA